UCCUUGUGGUCGCUCUAAUAUGGUUCUUGCUCUCUGUGAGUUGUGCGUAGUUGCCGUGGGGAAUAGCCUGAAACCUCCACAUGCGCUAUGUCUCCGUGGUAACGCGCUCAACAAGCCAUGUGAUUAGAUGCAUGGAUUCACAUCUCAGAUGCGGAGGCAACUGAGAUUCGUCCUCCACCUCCCGGAUUGAGUCGAGUCACUACGAGGACUUAGAGCGCAUUUGGAAUUUGGCAUUUCAAUUUGGGGAGAAAAAAAGUAGAGACGGGCAAUUUAAAACUAGUAAAAAUUUGAAGAGUUAAAAUAUCAAGGCAAUGUGAAACAGGAGAUGCUACACAGGUGAGGCUAUUGUGUCAUAUUGUAUAAGUAGCCUCCAAAAACAGCUUAGUCCUUCAAGAGCAAGGAUCAUUCGAGUCUUGUUAAUUUGCCAACCGAUGCUUCAGCAAAUAAACCAGAACUUUGAGAUCAAUGUUCCCCAGCCCUAAGGCAAAUGCAUAACUUUACUAUGCAAAGCAGAAGCCCUACAUCAACACUGUCCAGAAGCGCUGUCAACUUCUCUAGGCUCGGUCUCAUCUUAGAUGGAAAGUAGAACCCUGGAACUGUGUUUUUUUUGUUCCAAUGUUUCACAUUUCAAAUAGGAUUUGAAAAACACAGCUGUGUUUUCUCCAGACCAAAGAGGAAAAGAACCAUCCAAUCUAUUAUCAGUGUCAGGUCCAAAAGUCAGUGUCUGGGCCAGGUGUGUGUCACACCCCAUGGCAUGGGUAACUCGCACAUCUGUGAGGACACCAUUAAUGCAGACAGAUACAUACAUCCCGGAAUUUCAGCUGGACAACUUCAAACAACAUAGCGGCCGAAUAAGCAGAGAGUGCGGGUGCUAGAUUGGCCUGCCUGCAGUCCUGACCAUCUCCAAUUGAGAAUGUGUGGUGCAUUAUGAAGCGCGCAAUACUGCAACAAGACCGUACAAUAUUGCAGCUGAAGACGUGCAUAAUGGAUGAAUGGGGGGAAAAUUCCACUUUUUAAACUUAACAAACGUGUGUCUUCAGUGCCUAAAUGCUUAAUAAGUGUUAUUAGAAGAAAUGGUGAUGUUUCACAGUGGUACACACUCGACUGUCUCAACUUUUUUGUAGUGUUUUGCAAUCAUCUGAUAUUGUGACAGGGUGCAGGGCUGGGCCAGGCCGUGAUGCUGCACACCCGGCCCCUAAUCAGGCUAAUCAAGGGAUAAAGGCCAACUGGAAGCUGCAGUGCGAGAGAGAGAGAGAGAGAGAUUUAUGGACAGCUGUCUGACACCUGCGUGUGUUUGUCUUUUUGUUUAUGUUCAUUAUUAAAAUAUUAUUUAUAUUCUCAAGCCGGUUCUCGCCUCCUCCUUUCCCAGUAAUCCCUUUACACUGGUGCCGAAACACGGGAAGAGGAGGGAUGCGCUGUUGUAGAGUCCUCGCCACUACCAUUCACCCCAACGGAGCAGCUGUGGCCAUCUGCCGGGGGACAGAGGAGCCUGGCCGCCUGAGAGCGGACUAAUGGCCGCCGAAGGGGGAAAAGUGGCUCCUAGUCGACCACCUGGAGUGGUCAGGGCCACUGCCAGGGGCAGGGGAGACCCCUUCUGUUUCCUAAGAACGUAGCGGGCCGGAAGACUGCCUCAGAUCCACCCGGGAAGGCGCGGCUGUUGUCCGCUAGAUGGUGGAGGAAUGGUUGAGGACCGAGCUACAGCGUAUCAGAGAACCGGCGAUUUGGCUGAAGGAGAAGUAAAAGCGGAGUCAGAUGCGAUUGAGGGGAUGGAAAUCACAACACGAUCCAAAGUCUCUUAUCAAGGGUCAGUGGAAAGGGCAGCUCCAAAGUGCAAGGUUUCCAGCCCCCCUCACUCAUCUAAUGGACACUCCCCUCCUGAAUCCUCCGCCAGCCCUGUCAAAAAGAAGAAGAAACUGGGAGCCAUCAAUAACAGCAAAGACCAGUCAGAACUAAGACAUGGUCCCUUUUACUAUGUGAAGCAGCCUGCACUCACCACAGACCCUGUUGAUGUUGUACCGCAGGACGGGCGGAAUGACUUCUACUGCUGGGUGUGCCAUCGCGAGGGCCAGGUGCUCUGCUGUGAGCUCUGCCCACGUGUCUACCAUGCUAAGUGCCUCAAACUGGCUUCAGAGCCUGAAGGAGACUGGUUCUGCCCCGAAUGUGAGAAAAUAACAGUUGCAGAGUGCAUAGAGACUCAGAGUAAAGCAAUGACGAUGCUCACAUUAGAACAGCUGUCCUUCCUGUUAAAGUUUGCUCUCCAGAAGAUGAAGCAGCCAGGUACGGAGCCCUUUCAGAAGCCAGUGUCAUUGGAACAGCAUCCAGAUUAUGCAGAAUAUAUAUUUCAUCCGAUGGACCUCUGCACUUUAGAAAAGAAUAUUAAAAAGAAAAUGUACGGCUCCACAGAGGCUUUCCUGGCUGAUGUGAAGUGGAUUUUGCACAACUGUAUCAUUUAUAAUGGAGGCAACCAUAAACUCACCGCAACGGCUAAAGUUAUCAUAAAAAUCUGCGAACAUGAGAUGAAUGAGAUUGAAGUCUGUCCAGAGUGCUAUCUUUCUGCAUGCCAGAAAAGGGACAACUGGUUUUGUGAACCAUGUAGUAACCCCCACCCUCUGGUAUGGGCCAAGCUGAAAGGAUUCCCAUUCUGGCCUGCCAAAGCUCUUCGAGAUAAAGAUGGACAAGUAGAUGCUCGAUUCUUUGGGCAGCAUGACAGGGCCUGGGUUCCUAUUAACAACUGCUACCUCAUGUCCAAAGAGAUACCCUUCUCUGUAAAGAAGACUAAGAGCAUCUUCAACAGUGCCAUGCAGGAGAUGGAAGUGUAUGUAGAAAACAUCCACAAAAAAUUUGGAGUCUUCAAUUAUGCUCCCUUCCGCACUCCUUAUUCACCAGACAACCAGUUUCAGAUGCUCCUGGACCCAGCAAACCCUGGCUCUGGCUUUGUUAAACCUGAAAAAAACGAAAAGAUCAAGUUCAGCUUUGAUAUAACGGCAUCUCCUAAACUGCUCGUAGGCAAGAGCAUGGUGUCCAGUGGGAGUGGAGGGGUCGUGACCGGAAGUCGAAUCUCAUUAACAGACAUGCCUCGUUCACCAAUGAGCACUAACUCCUCUGCACAUACAGGAUCUGAUGGCGAACAAGAGACUCCAGAGAAAAGCCAUACUAGAGCAGCCCUGGCACAUUAUAGCACCGGAGAGGAGUCAUUGGACUGCACUGCAUCGCCUGCCCCUCCUAGAGCAGGUCUUACCGGCAACACCUUAGAGAGCCCUAAACCAUUCCAUUCACCAGCUCCCAGCACCCCUGUUAAACAAGAGAAGACCCCCACCACUGGUAGCAUCCUCAAUCUCAACCUUGAUCGUAGUAAAGCAGAGAUGGACCUGAAGGAGCUGAGUGAAAGUGUCCAGCAACAACAACAGCAGCAGCAGCAGCAGGGAGCUCAGCCUUCCCUCACAUCCCCUAAGAGACAGAUAAGGAGCCGUUUCCAACUUAAACUGGACAAAACCAUAGAGAGCUGCAAAGCACAACUAGGUAUAGAUGAAAUAUCUGAGGAUGUGUAUAAAGGUGUUGAGCACAGUGACUCUGAGGAAUCCGACAAGACUGACUCCAGCGACAGUGAAUACGGAAGUGAUGACGAACAGAAAUCUAAGACUGGCCAAGAUGACAAAAACACAGCUGAAGAUAAAAACACUAAAGAGCCACCAAAGAAAAAGGCAAAACUAUCAGUGGCUUCUAGUGCGGACAAAGAUAAAAGCACAAAAUCGACUGCAAAUGCCAACGUGGCAACUAAAGGAGAAACCACCCAUAAAUCAAGCCCCACCGAUCCUAUAGCUAAAAGGAAACCAGGCAUGGACUUGGAGAAAGAACCUCCAGAGAAAAUGAAGGCAGCUCCCGCAUCCCCGGACCCUAGAGAUAAACCCAAGUGUUCAGAGGAGGCCAGGCAGCCGGCACCUGUGGAUGUGGACAUGGACUCAGACUCUGAGAGGGAGCUGGUUAUUGAUCUGGGAGAAGAGCAUGCGGGCAAGAAGAUGAAGAGGAACAGGAAAGAUGCAGCUGCUGUCACCGCCCUCAAAGAGCCCACAGCCUCCAAACCUGAGGGUAAAACCACUCCAAUUUCAAGCGCUCUCACUCAGCCACAGAACUCUGCAGUUCUUUCCUCCAGCCAAAGUAUUAAAGACCCAUCUCAGUCUCCCAUGGCCAUCCCGCUUAACAUAGUACCCCUUACGGCAGCUCCAACUAGCACCGCUCCCUCCACCACCCAUAGCUCCUCACCCGUCCCCAUCAGCACUGUAAAGAAACAGCGCCCCCUACUGCCCAGAGAGACUGUCCCUGUAGUGCAAAGGGCCAUUGUGUGGAACCCCACCACCAAGUUUCAGACGUCCUCUCAAAAAUGGCACAUGCAGAAGGUGCAAAGGCAGCAGCAGGGCCAAACGCAGCCAGCCACACAGGCGCAAGUGUUAACACAGGUGCAGCAUAGCCAGCAGCCGCAGCAGCAAGCGCAGGUCUCUUCAUCAUCGCCGGGACAUCAACCUUCAUCCAGCACCAGAUACCAAACACGACAAGCUGUGAAAGCUGUGCAGCAGAAAGACUCUCCACACAGCACCUCCACCUCUGCAGUCACCCUGGUCACCAGCACACCUGUGUCCGCCACCAUGAUGGCAGGAGCUACAGUCAGCUCUUCCUCAUCAUCAUCAACUUCCACAGCUGGAGACCUUCAGAUCCCUACCACAUCUGCAGAUGUAGCGGCUGACAUAGCGAAGUACACUAACAAAAUCAUGGAUACAAUUAAAGGGACGAUGACUGAGAUAUAUGAUGAUCUUUCCAAGAGCACAUCAGGAAACACAAUAGCUGAGAUUAGACGGUUGCGAAUUGAAAUUGAAAAAUUGCAGUGGCUACAUCAACAGGAGUUAUCAGAGAUGAAGCACAAUUUAGAGCUAACCAUGGCAGAGAUGAGACAGAGUCUAGAGCAGGAGCGAGAGCGAAUCGUGACAGAGGUCAAGAAGCAGAUGGAGGUGGAGAAACAGCAGGCAGUCGAUGAAACUAAAAAGAAGCAGUGGUGUGCAAACUGCAGAAAGGAGGCCAUUUUCUACUGCUGCUGGAACACCAGCUACUGUGAUUACCCCUGCCAACAAGCACACUGGCCUGAACACAUGAAAUCCUGCACACAGUCUGCAACAUCAUCACAGCAAGAACAAGAGACUGAGGGUAGCACAGACGUUACACCCAAAGCUCCUGUGCAGCCGAACAAUGGACCCAACUCACCUAGAGAGAUCGUAUCGGUUGCACCUAAGGACAAAACUGUGAAUUAAAUUAAACCAUGGACAAUGUCACUAUGUCCUAGCUCAGAUGGACAAAACAUCACUUACUUUUGUAGAGCUAUAGAGAUGCAUACCUGCCAAAAUUCCCGAUUUUACCGGGCUUCUCUCGUUUUUCCAACGCUCCUCCAGCUGUGCCCCGAUUUACAAUUUCUCCCGAUAAACUCACGAUUUUUUGAAUCCACACUUUGCUCAAGAGAAAAUAUUAGGUUGCCACCUGUCCUGUAAAAUACAGGAUUCUCCCGUAUUUAAAUAUGAAAUGAUGUGUCAAUAAGGGAUGCGAUUUGAUUUUCAAAAAGCAUUUAUUGUUAAAACUGUGAAGGAUGUGAUAAGGGACCAUCUGAAUACAUGGUCAAUUCCUAUGUAUUAUUAAUCUUCAAUGUAGUAUUACUGACCGGAACUGCCACUCCCUAUAAGCAUAUUACGUAGUCUGUGUAGUCUCCUUUCCAACAGAAACUCCGCCGGCUGCCAGUCCUCGCACAUCAUGUAACCCCCCCCCAAAAAUUCCCAAUUUUUCACAAUCCAAUGUUGGUAGGUAUGUAUAGAUGUUGUCAAAUUCUUCACUAAAUUUUUUUAAACUAAUGUUUGUCUUACCUGAUUGUGUUUUUUGCUGUAAUGACUUUAUGUCUGAAUGUUCUCAAACUAAGACACAAAGAUCACCCAAACAUUUUCUAGGUCUAGUUUUGAAAGAGAUUUGUCUGGUUCUCAGAUGGGUUUGAGUCUAAACAGAAAGCCUUAUUUAUUUUUCUUUCAAAUCUCUUUGGUGCUUAACUUUACCUGAGCUCAUCUUUUUAGUGUUGGCAAAAUACUCUUUAUAAACUAUCUAGGUAUUAAAGUUAAGAACUCCUGAUCUGAAUUCAGAUCUAGAAAAUCCAGAUGUCAUUUUCAGAAUUUAUUUAUUUUGUUUUUAUUUCUAGCUCCGAAAACAAUCAAAUAAUGUGGUUAUUUUUUAUUUGUAGUAUUUUUAUAAAAGAAGAGUAACACAGCUGUUUAAAGACAGUUGUGGGCAAAAAUAUUCAAAUCUGCAUUGUUUAUCCUUUUGAUCUUUCAUUCAGAAAAAAACACAAAAUUGUAUCCUUUAUUUGAAGGAAAACAAUUCAAACAGGAAAUAUCUCAUUAUUGAAUACAUAAUUUUCUCCAAAACGUAUUGGCCAUAAUUAUUGGCACCCUUUUAUUCAAUACUUUCUGCAACCUCCCUUUGCCAAGAUAACAGCUUUGAGUCUUCUCCUGUAAUGCCUAAUGAGGUUGGAGAACACCUGUCAUCCUUCAAAUUUAGAGGUCCAUGUUGGUGGACUCUCCUCUUCAGUUCGCCCCACAAAUUUACUACGGGGUUCAGGUCAGGGGACUGGGAUGGCCAUGGCAGAACCUUGAUUUUGUUGUCAGUGAACCAUUUUUGUGUUGAUUUUGAUGUUCGUUUUGGAUCAUUGUCAUGCUGGAAGAUCCAACCAGGUCCCAUUGUAAGCUUUCUGGCAGAGGCAGCCAGGUUUAGAUUUUGUAUAUUUUGGUAUUUAAUAGAGUCCAUGAUGCCAUGUAUCCGAACAAGAUGUCCAGGACCUCUGGCAAUAAAACAGCCCCACAACAUCCAUCACCACAUUUAACCGUGGGCAUUGGGAACUUCUUCAUCUCUGGUGUUUGCUGCCUAAAAGCUCUUUUUUUGUUUCAUCUGCCCAUAGAACCCAGUCACAUUUGAAGUUCCAGUAGUGUAUGGCAAACUGAAGAAGCUUGAGUAUGUUGUUGGAUGAGAGCUGAGGCUUUUUUUCUUGAAACCCUCCCAAACAUUUUGUGGUGUUGUAGGUGAUAUCUGAUAUAUAUAUAUAUAUAUAAUGUUUUUUUUUUUUACUUUCUGACCCUAAGACCAAACUAAUUUCUGCAGUUCUCCAGCUGUGAUCCUUGGAGAUUCUUUGGCCACUUGAACCAUCCUCUUCACUGUGCGUGGAGACAAUAUAGACACACGUCCUUUUCCAGGCCGAUUCUUAUGGUCCCCAGUUGAUGGGAACUUGUUAAUUAUUACCCUGAUGGUGGAAAUGGGCAUUUUCAAUGCUUUGACUAUUUUCUUAUAGUCACUCCUCAUUUUGUGAAUCUCAACAACCUCUUACCACACAUCAGAGAUAUAUUCUUUAGCCUAAAAGGCCUGUGUGUUACCUCAUGCUUAUACCCGUGUGAAACAGGAGGUCAUGGUUGAACGAUUUCAUGUUCCUAGUCACACACUAAAUUUUUUUUAAUAUGAAUGGGAAUAUACUUCAGAUAUAUUUUACUCAUAAGAAUUUUUAGGGGUGCCAAAAAUUGUGGCCAAUGUGUUUUGGAGAAAAAUAUUUAUUUAAUAGUGAGAUAUUUCCCCUCUUUCAAUUGUUUUCCUUCAAUGAAAGGUUUUUGGGAUUUUUUUUAAUGAAAGAUCAAAAGGAUAAACAAUGCAGAUUUAUUUUCACAGCCACCUUUGCUCAUUUACAAGGGUGCCAAUAUUUUUGGCCACAACUGUAUGAGUAUACAGCUAUUCUGUAUUCCUUGGAAUACCUUAUUUAUGCUAAUUUAUAUAAAAAAAAAGAUGGUAAUAUAAAAUUUAGAAGGCUACAUCAUAUCUUGUACUUAACCUACAUUGUACAAGUUUAAACACUUUUUCACACACUAAGACUACUUCGCUAUCUUGUUAGAUGCCGUGCAAACAGGAGGAGAUUGGGAUUUGUUGUUUGAAACUGUUUGCAGGGUCAGCCUGAUAAAUGUGAGUUUUUUUCUGUAAUAUAUCUUAAAUGCCUUCAAUUUAUUUUCCUGCGCCUUUGGUUUAAUCUGCAGUUCACCUUCAUUAUAUGGUUGAUGUCCCAAUUGGGAUUGUGUCAUCAAGACUAUGAUCUCAUGGGCUUUACUUUUAUUUAAGAUUACAUUAUAAUUAAAAGUUAGACUUACCAGUGAUGAAUGACAAAAGACUUUCAAGCCUACGUAUGUUAAUGGUGUCAAAGAAUCUUUGUCUAUGAGAUGAUAUCCUCAUGUAGGUUCAUAUUUGUUUGUACUGAGAAAUGUAUGUUUCCUUCUUGGCCUUACAUACAGACCUUAUUGCAUUUUAUAUAAAUAUUGUUUUUGACCAAAUAUCAUUGUUGUUUUUUUUUUUGUUUGUUUUUUUUCCAAAAUAUGUUCACAGUUUAAUAUCCUUGUAAAGGACUGUAACUUUACACCAAAGGCUGGUGAUUUAGCAAGUAUUUGUUUGAAAGGAUUUGUUUGUUUUGCUAGCUAUAAUUGUACCUAUAAUAUAGUUAAACAUUUGAAGAACAAAUUCUUGAUUAUGAGCUCAUAAGAUAUACUCUAUGAACCAUGACAGAAAAAUUCAUUUAUGUUAUGCUGUUAAUACUGCACAAAUAUGCUAAUCCAAACCAUAUUCAGAAAAGGAGAGUGGUCAAGAGCAACUUUCAAUCUAGAGAACAGAUAGAUGUUUACAUAUUGUAUAUAAAUAAAGAUCUGGUAGUCUAAAUUGUAAUUUAAUAGUUUUUGUAUGGUGCAGGUGAAUUAAAGAGAACACCUGAUGAAAAUGUUUCAUAUUGAAGUCAUACUUUGAUGAGUGAUCCACUUCAAUACAAAAGUGCAAAAUAAAUAAAACAUU